CAAGUGUGCAAUCAGGCACCUCUACAGGCAGCUAAAUGUGUCUGCUUGGGUCCUUUUCGCCGCGGCACUGGUUGAGGAUCGGAAGCUUGGCAGAAAACAUGCCGACUGUCGGGGUAAAAAGGGAUCUUCUCUUUAAAGCGUUGGGAAGAACGUAUACUGAUGAAGAGUUUGACGAACUGUGUUUUGAAUUUGGACUGGAGCUGGAUGAAAUUACCUCAGAGAAGGAGAUAAUUAGUCGUGAGCAAGGUGAUAUAAAGGCAACAGGAGCAUCAGACGUCGUCCUUUACAAGAUCGAUGUACCAGCAAACCGCUAUGACCUUCUUUGUUUGGAAGGUUUGGUCCGUGGACUGCAGGUCUUCAAAAAUAAGUUGGAGGCACCUCGGUACAGACGCGUCAGCCCCAUCAGUGGGGAUCCUCAGAAGCUAGUUAUCACCAAGGAGACAGCGGUAGUGCGUCCCUAUGCUGUGGCAGCAGUUUUGAGGAACAUCACAUUUACACAGGAGCGCUAUGAUAGCUUCAUUGAGCUGCAGGAGAAACUCCAUCAGAACAUCUGCAGAAAAAGGAGCCUGGUGGCGAUCGGGACUCAUGACCUGAACACUAUCUCAGGUCCUUUCACGUACACCGCUAAACCACCCGGAGACAUCAGCUUCAGGCCCCUCAACCAGGCCAAAGAAUACAAUGCCACCCAACUAAUGAGCAUCUACAAGACCGACAGCCACCUGAGACAUUACCUUCAUAUUAUUGAAGACAAGCCUGUGUACCCCAUUAUUUAUGACAGCAAUGGUAUUGUCUUGUCAAUGCCUCCCAUCAUCAAUGGGGAUCACUCAAAAAUUACCCUGAAGACAAAGAAUGUCUUUGUUGAGUGCACAGCCACAGACCUGACCAAGGCAAAAAUUGUGUUGGACAUGAUGGUGACAAUGUUCAGCGAGUAUUGUUCAGAGCCUUUCACUGUAGAAGAGGCUGAAGUGGUGAAUGCUGAUGGCACGACCUGCAAAUAUCCAGAACUGGCUUACAGGAAGGAGAAGCUGUCUAGCAAGUUUGUAAAUCAAAAAGUUGGCAUCAACGAGUCGACAGAGAAGAUUGCCCAGCUGCUAACUCGGAUGUGCCUGCGCUCUCAGGCUACAGGUGUUGGUGAUGAAAUAGAGGUUGAGAUCCCACCCACCCGCUCAGAUGUCAUCCAUGCCUGUGAUAUCAUGGAAGAUGCAGCAAUGGCAUUUGGGUUUAACAACAUCACCCGUACAACACCACACACCUACACCAUAGCCAACCAGUUUCCACUGAAUAAGCUGACAGAGCUGUUAAGACACGACUUGGCAGCUGCUGGUUUCACAGAAGCCCUCAACUUUGCUCUGUGCUCCCAAGAAGAUAUAGCGGAGAAGCUUGGUAAAAAGAUCUCAGCUACCAGGGCAAUUCACAUCUCUAAUCCCAAAACCACAGAGUUCCAGGUGGCGCGUACCACCCUGCUGCCAGGUCUGUUGAAAACAAUUGCAGCAAACAGGAAGAUGCCCCUGCCCCUGAAGCUGUUUGAGAUAUCUGAUGUCGUGCUGAAGGAUGAGAUCAAAGAUGUUGGGGCGAGGAACAGCCGACAUAUUUGUGCUGUGUACUACAACAAGAGUCCAGGGUUCGAAGUGAUCCAUGGCCUUCUGGACCGUACCAUGCAACUGCUUUCAGUGAAACCCGCCCGGGGAGAGGGCUACCACAUCCAGGCUGCAGAUGAUUCUACCUUUUUCCCGGGCCGCUGUGCAGAGAUCUUUUUCCAUGGAAAAAGCGUUGGACAUCUCGGGGUCCUCCAUCCACAUGUCAUUAACAGCUUCGAACUGACGAUGCCCUGCUCUGCCCUUGAGAUGGACAUCGAGCCUUUUCUUGGCCACACAGCUGAAACCCGCCUCACUCAUGAGGUUCCCAUGCAGGAAGUUGUCAUACACAAGUUCCCCACUGAAGUAAAAUCCACACACGCUACCGCCUCCUCAAAAACAGUGUUUGGAGAUUUGAGCACACCCGAGGCUCUCAAUUCCCUCAAUGAUUUCCUGGUAGACAAAAGCUACGUCGAAGGCUUUGUUGCCUCUCAGGCUGACACGGCCAUCUUUGAUGCCAUCGCCACUGCUCCCUCACCAACUUUGUGCCAUCUCCUGCGCUGGUACACCCACAUCAAAUCCUUCCAUGGGGAAAGAGCUGACCUCCCUGUCGUCAACAAGCAGUUUGUGCUGCCAGAUACUCCUCCCACCUCUACUGACAGUGACGAAGACAUAGACCUGUUUGGGUCAGGAAAUGAGGGUGACAGCGCGGAGGCAGCAAAAAUCAAAGCGCAGCGACUCGCCGAGUACGCAACCAAGAAAUCCAAGAAACCAGCAGUCAUCGCCAAAUCUUCCAUUCUUCUUGACGUCAAGCCCUGGGAUGACGAGACGGACAUGACCAAGAUGGAGGCGUGCGUCCGCAGUGUUGGCAUGGACGGGCUGUUGUGGGGGCAGUCCAAGCUGGUCCCAGUGGGUUACGGAAUCAAGAAGCUCCAAAUAGCAUGUGUGGUGGAGGAUGACAAAGUGGGCACUGAUAUACUCGAGGAAGCUAUCACCGCCUUCGAGGAAUAUGUUCAGUCUGUGGACGUGGCUGCCUUUAACAAGAUUUGACUGAUAGGCACGCUUGGCUACCCCUGUCUUCACACUGACAAAACAAGGAUCAACCAUGCAGAAGAACCUGCUGCUCAGGGUGUGUUCAUACGAGACUAAUUUCUUUCAAUUAAAACAGACACUUGUACAGUUUGAUUUGUUGUGUGCGAACGCUUAUGGGCUAACCCUCCUCUGAGCAAUCUUAGUCCGCUGGUGUGGUUCAGAUCAGUUCACCAUGUAAUGCUUUUUUUUUUUUUUUAAUGAUUUUAACUCGUCAUGCCAAAUCAGCUGGUAAAAUAACACCAACACUAAGUGAACCAGGGCCAAAUGUGUGAGGCAAAAUGCAUUUUACUAUUUUUUCCGUUUUGGUCCAUACUAGACACCUAAAUUGCAAGCGUCAACACACCCUUACUUGUUUGCAAACAAGCCAAUAAAGCUCUCAACUUUGAA